AUGAAGUUUUUUGAAAGCAAUUAUUUAUUCAAUUACCCAUGGGACCAGGUCACCGCCGCCAAUUGGCAGAAAUACCCCAACGAGCUCUCGACACACGUGAUAUCGGUAGACAUCUUGGACCGGCAAAUCGUCGACAACAAGAUCUUGCGCACGGAGCGGUUGAUCGGGUGCAAGCAGUCGAUACCCCGAUGGCUUUCCUUUUUGGUCGGUGGUGCCCUGACAAGCUAUGUGCGGGAAGUGUCCGAGAUCGACUUGGAGCAGAGAUCCUUGGUGAUGAAGUCGAUGAACUUGACCAUGAACCAUUUGUUGUUGGUGAAGGAAACCGUGGUAUACAGACCCGACGUGGAUUUGCCCCUGCACAAGACCCGGUUUGACCAGAGUGCCGAGAUUACCGCGUUUGCUUCGAUUGGCAAGUUGUGCGACAAGUUGGAGGACUGGUCGAUUGAGAGGUUUGGACAGAAUGCGUCAAAGGGCAAAGUUGCCUUUGACGGCGUCUUGGAUACUUUGACCAAGAAAUGGGAAGAAAAUGGCGUCUUCAAGUAG